AAUAAAGAGGGAGGGUACUCGGGAGCCUAUAGGGUGGCAGUAGUGACGCAAGGGGGCGGGGCUCAGUUGUUAGAAGAGUCCAGCGCGGGGGAGUUGGACUGUACCAUCCGCAGAGCAGCAGCAGAUAUUCAAUCUCAUGUGUCAGACGCCUCUGUGACAUCACAAUCCUCUCACCUGUCACCUGAGUCACUUUACUAUGAACCAACUUGUCUACUUAACCCUCAUCUGUAUAAUGACUGUCUCAGCCAAUGAGAGUCCUUGUCCCCAGCUGUUGGUCAGGAGAGAAAUAGUGAAUAAAGGGUUUCACAGGGACUUGGUUACAAGAGUUGCAGUUCAGGGCCCAUCAGAACAGGUGGAGCAGUGCAAGGUGCUGAUCCAAGAGCUCAUACCUUCUGGUUUAUAUCUGGAUCCAUAUCAGCUCUCCUCUCUGCGGCACCACAACCUGACAGAGGUUCUGUUACUGACAGCAGUAGAUGUGGAGGCCCCUGAGUACCUCUCUAAGGGCCUCACUGCUCUGGUCUAUCCCAAGUCAGACCCAUCGUGUGCCCAUUGCUUCAUCUCCACCGUGCCGCUCCACCUGCGCUACCACCGACCUGCGGCCCAAACUGACACAGUCUCCGUAACGUUGCAGAACCCCAAAUUACUGGUCGACUGCGGCCCAGAUUUACCCCCCAGAUCUUGCUCACCCCACUCCGUGACUGACGCUCCAUGUGACCUAAAGGACAAAUCACUGUGCCAAUGGCUGGAGCUUCCUUAUACUGCUGUUCCAGCUGAAUUGAUUGUGGAGGUUCCAGUGGGUCUGACCCAGGACAGGCCAUUAGUAAAUACCGUGACUCUGAUAGUGACUGUGUUAUGUGCCGGGAUGAUACUCGGCGCUGUUUACAGACAUGGCCACGGUUCUGUGUAGUCUCUGGUCCAAUGGUCCAUUCUGCAGCCUGAGGGGAGGAGUUUGUGACUUGCCCUUUCACCUGGAUGAGCCCCAAGAAGUUUCCCAGGGACCUUUAGUGCACAAAUGUCUGUCUAUUCCAUGGGGCCCUUGAGGGCCCAAAGCUGUAGUUUUAAACCCUUUGGUGGUGCAUUUGUGUGGAGGGACUCGCCUCAAAUCUGCUCUUGUGGUAUGUGGCCCCUGCGGAAUGCUUUAUACAUACAGUACUGGAACCCUCCCUUCCUUUAGCUGCAGCCUGUGUGAGGCUUUGAGAUAAGGAGCAGCUUAUGAUACAGAGAACUGCUGCUGAUGUAACUUCCUGCUCCACCUUCUCACAUGGACUCGCCAGAACCAGGAAGUUGGAAAGUGAUUUCAAUGACUUGUUUGUUAUAACAAAAUAAUAAAAUGAGGAAUUAUUUCUAUUAA